AUGGCAUCGAACCUGCCAGGCCAGCCAAAUCUUCGGGUCACGAUUAUCGCGGCAGACGGCCUCUACAAACGCGAUGUCUUCCGAUUCCCCGAUCCAUUCGCGGUGGCCACCGUCGGAGGCGAGCAGACACAUACGACCUCGGUGAUCAAAAAGACUCUCAAUCCCUAUUGGAAUGAACCGUUUGAUUUGAAAGUCAACGAAGACAGCAUUCUCGCGAUCCAAAUUUUCGACCAGAAGAAAUUCAAGAAGAAGGAUCAAGGCUUUCUCGGGGUCAUCAAUGUGCGAAUCGGAGAUGUGGUUGAUCUUCAGAUGGGUGGUGAUGAAAUGCUCACCCGUGACCUAAAAAAAUCGAACGACAACCUCGUCGUGCAUGGCAAAUUGAUUAUCAACCUCUGCACGAAUCUCAGCGCCCCACAUCCGAAUCACCAGAACGGUCUACACCGCCAACACGCCCAGUCAUCGACUUCCAGCGGACUCGUCCCACAAGUCCAAGUCCCUACGUCGCAGCCGCAGUCUGGCCCCGGGCAGGUUGAUAUGUCCCCCGCCGCCGCAUCAAGUUCGUCUCUCACCCAGCGCAAUUCAGCCGUCCCGGCCGCCGCCCAGCCGGUCGCGAAUGGUGCUGUCGCUCCUGGGGCUGCUGCCGCUGCCGCUCGUGCCAACCUGAGCUCGUUUGAAGAUAACCAGGGUCGACUGCCUGCUGGCUGGGAGCGACGAGAGGAUAAUCUGGGGCGGACAUACUAUGUGGACCAUAAUACACGAACCACCACGUGGUCACGACCGUCCGCCAACUACAACGAACAAACUCAGCGUUCUCAGCGUGAAGCCAACAUGCAGCUGGAGCGUCGAGCUCAUCAGAGCCGAAUGCUUCCUGAAGACCGGACGGGGACAAGUUCCCCGAACCCCCCAGAUGCCCAGCAGCCAAGUACACCGCCGUCCGGCUCCGGAACUGGGACCCAGCCAAAUGCCAAUGCCAAUGCCAAUGCUGUCUCUAUGAUGGCGACGGGAGCCACCACUGCAGGCACUGGGGAGCUUCCACCUGGAUGGGAACAACGAACGACACCCGAAGGACGGCCGUAUUUUGUCGACCACAACACGCGGACGACAACCUGGGUCGACCCUCGUCGACAGCAGUACAUCCGGAUGUAUGGACAGGGUCAAAAUGCCGGCGCGAACAACACCACGAUCCAACAGCAACCUGUUUCCCAACUGGGUCCAUUGCCAAGCGGCUGGGAGAUGCGUCUGACCAACACUGCUCGAGUGUAUUUCGUGGACCACAACACGAAGACGACCACAUGGGAUGAUCCGCGAUUGCCGUCAUCUCUGGACCAGGGUGUACCGCAAUACAAGCGUGACUUCCGCCGCAAGUUGAUCUACUUCCGAUCGCAGCCCGCUCUGCGGAUCAUGUCCGGGCAGUGCCAUGUCAAGGUUCGCCGCAAUAACAUCUUUGAGGACUCGUACGCCGAGAUCAUGCGGCAGAGCGCGUCCGAUCUCAAGAAGCGCUUGAUGAUCAAGUUUGAUGGCGAAGACGGUCUUGAUUACGGUGGUCUUUCGCGUGAAUUCUUCUUCCUCCUUUCCCACGAAAUGUUCAAUCCCUUCUAUUGUCUCUUCGAAUACUCCGCCCACGAUAAUUAUACCUUGCAGAUUAAUCCCCACUCUGGGGUCAACCCGGAGCAUCUCAAUUACUUCAAGUUCAUUGGCCGUGUCGUUGGUCUGGCCAUCUUCCAUCGUCGUUUCCUGGACUCGUUCUUCAUCGGGGCCUUCUACAAGAUGAUGUUGCGCAAGAAGGUCACUCUCCAAGAUAUGGAGGGUGUGGAUGAAGACUUGCAUCGAAACCUGGCGUGGACCUUGGAUAAUGAUAUUGAGGGGAUUGUGGAACUCACCUUUUCUGUUGACGAUGAGAAGUUUGGCGAGCGUCGCACUAUUGAUUUGAUACCCGGUGGCCGGGAUAUGCCCGUCACCAACGAGAACAAGGCACAAUAUAUUGAGUUGGUCACGGAGUGGAAGAUUGUCAAGCGGGUCGAGGAGCAGUUCAACGCGUUCAUGUCUGGGUUCAACGAGCUGAUUCCACCGGAUCUCGUCAAUGUCUUUGACGAGCGGGAGCUCGAAUUACUUAUUGGCGGUAUUGCCGACAUCGACGUGGACGACUGGAAGAAGCACACCGAUUACCGCGGCUACCAGGAGCAGGACGAGGUCAUCCAGAACUUCUGGAAGAUUGUUCGCAGCUGGGACGCAGAACAAAAAUCGCGUCUGCUUCAGUUCACUACCGGAACAUCACGUAUUCCUGUUAAUGGAUUCAAGGAUCUGCAAGGAUCUGAUGGGCCGAGACGCUUUACCAUUGAAAAGUCAGGUGAUCCGGCUGCGCUGCCCAAGUCGCAUACUUGUUUCAAUCGCCUUGAUCUUCCUCCGUACAAGACGCAUGAUGCCCUGGAACACAAAAUGUCCAUUGCAGUGGAGGAAACUCUUGGAUUCGGACAGGAAUAG